AUGGCUAAUUCCUUCACCAUGGCUAAUUCUUCCUUCAUACCCUUCUUCCUUCCCUUUCUAUUCCUACUGAUCAUCACUACCAUGGAAGUUCUCCGAUUCUUCGUCGUCGUCGUCCAAGGAGAUCCAGACCUAACUAUCGUCUCGGGUUUCUGCGGCGGUGAGUACGAUGUGAGCUGUUACAGGCAUGAUCAGGCUAGGGAACUCACCACCGGUGCCAUCAAGCUCACAACGCCCGGUGGCAAGGUUUGCGGCCGGACUUACGACCAACCCCCGAUGUAUUACAAGGCAACAUGUUCAGAUUCCGUCGCUCAGAAAGAUUGUACCGCUUGUAUGAUGCAUUGUAGAAAGUAG